GGGCCGGCGCGGCGCGAGCAGAGUUGACUAUAUAUGGUCAAAGGCCGGGGAGAGCGGCGGGCCGCGCGCGCGCUUCCUGCUGCCUGCGGCGGGGCUGAGGCGGGAGCCGAGAGGCCGGGCCGGGCUCGUCCCCUUCCUGCCUUCCCGCCUGCCUCCCUGCCUUCCCGGCCCUUCCUGCCCAGCGCCGCCGCUGGAACCAGUGGGCGAAGAUGCCGUACGAGAUCAAAAAAGUGUUCGCCAGCCUCCCGCAGGUGGAACGAGGUGUUUCCAAAAUUGUCGGAGGCGAUCCUAAGGGCAGCAAUUUUCUUUACACCAACGGAAAAUGUGUCGUCAUCAGAAACAUCGAUAAUCCUGCAAUUGCUGACAUCUACACUGAGCAUGCCCAUCAGGUCGUAGUAGCCAAGUAUGCUCCCAGUGGAUUCUACAUAGCAUCUGGAGAUGUCUCUGGAAAGCUGAGAAUCUGGGAUACUACACAGAAGGAACACCUACUGAAGUAUGAGUAUCAGCCAUUUGCUGGAAAAAUAAAGGACCUUGCCUGGACUGAAGACAGCAAGAGAAUUGCUGUUGUUGGAGAAGGAAGGGAAAAGUUUGGAGCAGUGUUCCUGUGGGAUAGUGGCUCUUCUGUUGGUGAGAUUACUGGGCACAACAAAGUGAUCAAUAGUGUGGACAUUAAACAAACAAGACCAUAUCGUCUAGCAACGGGCAGUGAUGACAACUGUGCUGCUUUCUUUGAGGGACCUCCAUUCAAGUUCAAGUUUACAAUGAGUGACCAUACACGGUUUGUGAACUGUGUGAGGUUUUCUCCUGAUGGGAACAGACUUGCUACAGCUAGUGCAGAUGGCCAGAUUUUUGUCUAUGAUGGAAAAACUGGAGAGAAAGUGUGUGCUCUUGGUGGAGGCAAAGCUCAUGAUGGAGGUAUUUAUGCUAUUAGUUGGAGUCCUGACAGUAGUCAGUUGCUUUCUGCAUCUGGAGAUAAAACUGCUAAAAUCUGGGAUGUUGGUGCUAAUUCUAUUGUCAGUACUUUUAACAUGGGAUCAAACGUGUUGGAUCAGCAGCUGGGUUGUUUGUGGCAGAAAGACCACUUAUUGACAAUCUCCCUGUCUGGAUAUAUCAAUUAUUUGGACAAGAACAAUCCAAAUAAGCCUCUACGUGUCAUAAAGGGUCAUAGUAAAUCAAUUCAGUGUCUUACAGUGCAUAAAAAUGGUGGAAAAUCCUAUAUUUACUCUGGAAGUAAUGAUGGUCAUAUUAAUUAUUGGGAUUCUGAAACUGGAGAGAAUGAUGGCUUUUCUGGGAAAGGCCAUACAAACCAGGUUUCUAGAAUGGCAGUGGAUGAAAUGGAUCAACUGGUCACCUGCAGUAUGGAUGAUACUGUGCGCUAUACCAACCUUAGCAAGAGAGACUACAGUGGCCAGGAUGCUGUGAAAAUGGAUGUUCAACCAAAAUGUCUAGCAGUGGGUCCUGGUGGUUAUACCGUAGUUCUAUGCAUUGGACAAAUUGUUUUGAUGAAAGAUAAGAAAAAAUGUUUUGCAAUUGAUGACCUUGGCUAUGAGCCAGAAGCUGUAGCCAUUCACCCUGGAGGAGGAACAGCAGCAGUGGGAGGAGCGGAUGGGAAUGUCCAUUUAUAUUCAAUCCAAGGAACCUCUUUGAAAAAUGACAAUAAGUCUUUGGAAGCCAAAGGUCCAGUUACUGACCUGGCAUAUUCUCACGAUGGUGCCUUUCUUGCAGUCUGUGAUGCAAACAAAGUUGUCACUGUCUUCAGUGUCACUGAUGGCUAUGCGGAACACAACGUCUUUUACGGACACCAUGCAAAAGUUGUUUGUAUUGCCUGGUCACCAGACAACAAACAUUUUGCUUCUGGGGGCAUGGACAUGAUGGUAUAUGUAUGGACUGUAAGUGAUCCAGAGACCAGAGUCAAGAUACCAGAUGCUCACAGGCUACAUCACGUAAGCAGCUUGGCGUGGUUGGAUGAACAUACUCUGGUGACAACAUCCCACGAUGCUUCUGUCAAAGAGUGGUCUAUCUCCUACAAUUGAAAUAAGCCCUCUAUUUGGAAGGACCUAAUCAGGGACUAGAACUACUGCAGUGGAACAUAGCAUUUCUCUUUAAAGAAUCUGUAUUGGCCUCUGGGUCUGCUAUCAUAUCCUCAUAUCUUUACAGGGUGUUCAUAUCUGUAAUUAAAUGUACUUUGAAAGCUUUAGCCAGUAACAGUUUGCACAUGAAAAGCACUUAAAUUAUGUCUGGAGCUUAACCUUUGUGCUGAACAUUCCAGAGGCAACAGCUGAGCAAGUUGGUGUGAAAGAUUCAGGCGUGAAAGAUUCAAACUCAAAUCAGUUGUUCUUUUCUAACCUAGAAACAUGAGACUGUACAGCAUGAGAGUAAUACUUCUCAUUUUUUCUAAUUACAGAACAUUUCUGUACUAACGGUCAUAGUAAGAGUAUUUAGUUGUGAUCUGAAACCAAUCAAGCUGUGUGCAGCUACUGUAUAUUGCUUUGCUUCUCUGUACUGCACCAAACUGUUGCCUCAGAUUUUAUCCUCCAGAUAACAAAAUGGGGUACACACAUAAUAAACUUUUUAUGUAUUUCA